AUGCGUUCGGUCCUGUCGUUCGCGCUGCUUGCGGCCAAUGUGGUCUCUGCAGCCGUCGUGGCCCCCUUUGACUAUUCUGGAUACAAGGUCAUCCGUAUCCCUACCCAGAAAGGGAACGUCAAGGAGGUGCAAAGAAUCAUUACUGAUCUGAACCUUGACACCUGGAAGUACCCCAAGACUGAAGGCCAGAAUGCGGAUAUCGUGGUCCCUCCAAAGCAGAUUCCCUCCUUUAUGGAGCGCAUCGCUGGAAUGGAUAGUCAAAUCAUGCACGAGAAUCUUGGCAUGUCAAUCAGCAACGAGACCUCCUUCGAGGCCUACGAGGCUGGUUUUGCCCCUGAUAUCAAUUGGUUCAAGUCAUACCACAGUUACCAGGACCAUAUUUCCUACCUCCAGGACCUGCAAGGUCUAUUCCGCAGCCGCUCGGAAUUUGUAGACGCAGGAAAGAGUCACGAAGGUCGCACGAUCCCCGCCCUCCACCUCUGGGGUAAGAGUGGAAAGAACUCGAAGCCAGCCAUCAUCUUCCACGGAACCAUCCAUGCCCGUGAAUGGAUCACCACCAUGCCACAACAGGUCACCGAAUACUUGGCUUGGUCUCUCCUCUCCCAAUACAACAACAACGAAGAUAUUACCUCGAUUGUCGACAACUUUGAUAUCUGGGUUUUCCCAAUUGUUAACCCAGAUGGCUUUGCGUAUACCCAGACCAACAAUCGUCUGUGGCGCAAGAACCGUCAACCCAACCCCAACGCCAGAUGCCCUGGACGUGAUCUCAACCGCAACUACCCCUACCAGUGGGUCGGACCUGGAUCCUCAUCCAACCCUUGCUCCGAUACUUACAGAGGCGCUCAAGCUGGUGAUGGAACUGAGAUCAAGGUUCACAUUGCUAACAUGAAGAAGAUCUCAGCCUACCAUGGCAUUGCCAUGUUCGUUGACUGGCACUCUUACGGCCAGCUCUUUAUGUCGCCAUACGGAUACUCUUGCACUGCCCGCCCAAGUACCGAUGCCAGACAUCAGGAACUUUCCAAAAUCUUUGCCCAGGCCUUGAAGGCCGUGCACGGAACUCCAUUCAAGACCGGCCCUAUCUGCAGCACCAUCUACCAAGUUAACGGCGACAGUGUCGACUGGGCUCUCGAGGUCCUUAAGGUGAAGCUGUCUUUGACUGCUGAACUCCGUGACACCGGAUCCAGUGGAUUUGUCCUCCCAGCUGCCCAGAUUAUCCCAAGUGGUGAGGAGACUCUUGCUGGAACAGUUGCUAUGUUGAAGGCUGUGAUCAGCGGUUGA